AUGAAGAAGGAAUCCUCGACUGCCACUGCGACGGAAGGUGCCGAAAACAAGUCGAACGAGAAGGACAGCAAGACGUCGUCGGUGUCAUCUCAGAAGGCGAAGGCGAAAGAAGCCAAGUCAGGUGACACGGACAAGUCUACGAAGAACAAGUAA